AAUAUAGGAAGCAAAUCAUCAUCUUGAAAUCAGACCCAAAGCGUGGGAAACCAGACUGGGAUCCUCUGCUCUGACUUGUGACCAGGUUUGACAGACUUUGCUGAAAUUGUUCUUCAACAUGAAUCCAGCAGUGAGCCUCCUGUGUUUCUUCCUGUGCCUGAGCCCCAUAGUGUGUGACCGGGUCUACGUCCACCCCUUCCAUUUGUUUUCCUAUAACAAAAGCAGCUGCGAGGAGCUGGACAACUUGACGCAGGAGGAGAAAAUGUUUGUCCCCAUUUCCAUUGAGUCCCAAACCAUCCCUGCCUACGAAGAGAACCUGAAAGACAAAACCAAGCUGGGAACACAAAGCUCGGAUACCAAGCGUGACCAGAGGCUGAGCUACUUGAAAGACCUAGUGCAUGUUCUUGGUAUGCGCUUCUAUGGCGCGCUGAAGGAAACGCUGAAGGGUGAAAACAUUCUCCUGUCACCUACCAAUCUCUACAGGUCUUUGUUGUCGUUCUACUUAGGGGCCUCUGAACAGACGGCAGCUGAUUUACAGAACUUCUUGGGAUUCGUUCCCCCCUCCGGUGACCCAGACUGCACCUCCAAAGUGGAUGGACACAAAGUCCUUUUGACCCUGAAGACCAUGGAUGAUCUGUUCCUCUCAAACGGAGCUGAUGAUCUGCUUUUUACCAAGCUUUCCUGCCUCUUCUCUGCUCCCAAUGUGCGUUUAUCCGAAUCACUCGCGCACAGCCUGGCCUCUUCUGCCGAUUAUUUCUAUGCCCGAGCUGUUGACUUUACAAACCCAACUCAGGCAGCAGAACUAAUCGAAAGCUUUGUGAAGGGCAAAGAUGUCAGCAGAACCCAGAAUGUACUGACAAAUAUAGACCCUUCUACCACCCUACUGUUUGUGACUUACAUUCAGUUUAAAGCCAAUGUGAAGAAAGCCUCCCAAGUGAAAGAGCUUCAGGAGUUCUGGACUGACUCAAGCACAAAGAUCCUGGUACCUAUGAUGUCCAUAACUGGAACAUUUCAGUACAAGAGGGAUGACAGCAAGAAUUUUUCCGUAAUUAAAGUUCCUGUCAGUGAGAACGCUUUACUUGUACUGGUGCAGCCCAUCAAUAGCAAUGACCUGAACAAGAUAGAGUCGGAACUUUCCUUGGAUCCAUCUUCUACUUGGCUGCAAAAUCUAUCCCCAAGAGAUAUUAAAUUAUCUUUGCCAGAGUUAACAAUACAAAGCGCGUAUGACCUUCAGGAACUGCUCAUGAACAUGAAUUUGUCUGCACUGCUGGGGAAGAAAGCAAAUCUUACUAAAAUAAGCGAUGCCAAUCUUACUGUUGGAAAGGUUAUAAAUAAGGCCCUUUUCAAACUGAAGAACGGAGCAGAUCUACCAGAAGACCUCUUAGAAGAAAAUGGAGGCUCGCUGCCACUGGAAGUAACACUGAACAAACCGUUCCUACUAGCAGUUUAUGAGAAGAAUUCAAAGGCAAUGGUUUUAAUUGGCAGAGUAACAAACCCACUGAACAGUUUUUAA